UUCACCGAAAGUGGUCAUCCAGUUGUCCACUACAGUAAUACAAUGACUAGUGUUUGCCAACAGAUGUCUCUCUGCGUGUAGUGCUGUCUGUGCGACACUCGUGUUUGGUAAACAAAAUGAUUGCAUUUGAUUUGAAUGACCAAUAGUUUGGACUUUGAAUACCGGGCUAUAGUGCGGAGCAAUCGGUUGACCAAUCGGUUGACCAAUCGGUUGACCAGUGAAUGCAAUAGCGAUGAGUAGUCCGACUGAGAAGGCGUUGCAUUUGUUGCGAUACUUACCGCGCGUUUCGCUCAACAAUUUGUCACCAAAUCCUUACUUCAAGAAAAAGACGUAUAAAGUGGGACAAUACAGACCACGAGAGAAGAUCAACAAAAGCAAUAGAGAGAGACUGCGCUUCUGGCCGGUCGGCUAUGAGGGCGGACGC